AUGAAUUCCAAGACGAGCAGCCACGAAGUUUGCGCGUGGAUGAGAAGCUUGGACCAGUUUCCAAGAAUUCAGCUCAUGGCCCGUGACUUUCUUGCUGUCAUGGCGACUUCAGUUCCUAGCGAGCAGGCUUUUUCAGCAGCUGGUACAACAGUGAGCAAACGACGCGCACGCCUCGGUGACGACGCCGUCACAGCCAUCUCUGAGCUGCAAUCGUUUCUGGAUUUCAACGAAGCAACUCUCAAACUUGAAGCCGACGGGACCAGCGAAUAG